CGUACUUCUAUGUUCAACCAUCCAUCAACCAACAUCGUAGAAAAAUGGCGAUAUCUAGCUGGAUGAUUCGGAGAAGUCUACGACAAAGGUCCCGACUUCUUCCGGAGGAUUGCUACUAUAUAGAUGAGGCGAAGACACCAAGAGAGAAUACGAUUGACAUAGUAGCAGGCCUGUGUUCUUCACGAACGUCCGUAAACAAGCGUCUGAGCCUCCUUAACGCUUUGGUCAAGUUGGUUGAUCGAUGCAAACACGACAUGGGACCAACGGAAAUGAGUACAUCCAAAGGCGGUUACGUAACUGCUCAAAGACAUGCUUGCGUGGCAGGCCAGCGCGAAGGUAUUCUCGGUUUCACGAACAAGCAGUUAAUGGGCUACGUUAGCCACAAUCUGUUGCAUCAACUACCUCAGAUUCGCGCAGGUGCUCUACGAGCGUUGCGCCAUUUGUUGAUAGUUCCGGAGGACCUGCAUGUAUUCAAUUCACUUAACCUAGCACACUUGGUGUGUCGCAGUUUGGAUGUGAUCCUGCGGAAUGACGAGGAACGUAUACAGGCAUUAAAAAUAGUGCGGCGUAUGCUGGCUGUUGCCCCAAGCGAGUUGAGUCCUGCUGUGAUGCGCUGCUUAGUCGCCCUUGGAGAAAGUGGAAGCGGAACUGGCGUUGGUGCCGGCGGCACCACAAAUACUACGGAAGUCGGUAGUGGUGAGGAUAGGCUGCUGCGAUGCUGCUUGGCGACGCUGUGCGAGAUUGGAGUACUAAACCCAAUGCUGCUGAUUAAGUGCGGAGGCGUUAGUGUCAUCACACGAAAUGUACUCGAGUGUCAUAGUCCCAGGAUUGCGGAGAGUCUCUGUGGAGUCCUGCUGUACAUGCUGGAGUGGCCCAGGACGAGAGAAAUCGCUGCCGUCCACUUAGACUGCUUUGCGGCACCAUACUGCGACUUCACCUAUCGUGUUGGUAUUAUGGAUCGGAAUAAGGAUGCCCGAGAUUUGAGGUUCACUUGUAGUCGGUUGGCGUUACUGUCCGUUCUUCGUUCCUGGGCCGGAACGAUUGAGUUCUGUGACCCGCAUCGGCCGUCGGGGUUGAGAGCCUUGAUCGAAAUACUGUACCUUAACCAGCUCGAGAUACGCAAAGCGGUACUGGACUUACUGUACGAGCUUCUCGGACUGGCACAACCUGUGUGGACCGAUGAGUACUCGGUUGCAAUGCUGGUGGUUGAUCCAGCCGAAUACCAAGAUGCAUGGCGUUUGAAUGAGGGAUUCGUCGCCGCCGAGGGCAUGUCCAUUUUGCCAAGUCUAGCCGGCAGUGUGCCGAAUCUUUGUGAAAUUCAUCUUGCUCUGCUCCUUUACUGUUUCGUCGAAAACGGAUUGCUCAACGCGCUCAUAGAAGUUAUCAUUUCGAGUGAUACAUUUAUCUCUGUACGGGCCACAAUAUUGCUAGCGAAAAUUACCUACCAGCUGCACCAUUUACUGCCCGCUGAAAUAUGUGCACUUACGCCGGCAGCUGCUCUUCCGAUGCUCGUCGCUCGGGCCAUCGAAGGAAACCACCAGGCCCGGGCCGCCAUAUCGGCAUUGCAACAGUUUCAUUUGAUGCUCCAAAACAGGCCUGCAUCGUGCAGUCUGUAUCUCGACUGCAUUAUUCAGAGCGGCGAACUGAUCAAUACGCGAACCUUUCGGCGCGAACUUUCUGCUAGCAUCCCAGCCGUAAAUGUACCAACAUUUACCAACUUCAAGUACAGCACAUUAGAUGGAAUAAAGCGGUCGCAUCAUGAUUCAAUAAGUAAUGGGAGCAGAGUUGUUGGAAGUCUGUUUGGUCAGGUGCUUUCGCCGCCAAACGGCUCUAGCUUCUCCAGGCAACCGGGAUGGGAUACGCCUGACAGUUGCACAAUUCCUGCAAAGCGUGCACCACCUAAACGAAACAAACUACUGCAAUUGUGGGACAGCAUCAAGGAAAGCGACCGGCUCAUCAAAGAAUCGCACGUACUUUUACUGAAGGACCCCAACAUGUGGGAUUGGGACAUCAUUAUUACAAUACUACGGUCCGAGAUGCUGGGAAUGAAACUGGAGGACCAAAACAAUCGAUUUGUUCGGCGGCUAGUGGAUUACUUCAAGCCGAGCAACAAUCGCUUCUCGCACCAGGACCUAAUGAGCACGAACAGGCAGCUUCCUGCCUACGUUACUGCUGGGCUGGAACUUAUCGAUGCAAUGCUCCAGUCGCCCGAGCUAGAGUGUAUUCGCAUCCUAACCGAUCUGUUUACCGACAUCAGUCGGCAGCUGCUGGCGAUUCAUGCGAAAAAAUCGGCGCACGAGUGUUUGUUUAGCCCCCAGCACAUGACUAGCACAAUGUGCCAGCAGUACUUUCUGUUCAUUGGUCGCAUGUGCCGGACGGAGGGUGGCAUGGAGAUUCUACGAAACACCGACGUUUUUAAGGAACUAUCCACGAUCGUAUCGAAGACAAAUCAUCUCUGCUAUAUAAAGCUGAUAAUUUCGGGCUUGGACUAUACUAUGGAAGGAGAACCACGUAGCAUACUUGCUAAGGCUCUUCUGAAGCAUUCGUCGGCAAAAGCACGCCUGUACAGUAUACAGAUGCUACGUGUGCUGUUGCGAGCUCGGUUGCCCAACUUUGAGGUGUGGGGUAUCCAGCUAAUGUUGAAACUGGUUGGUACGAUGCAGGGCGAGUCGCAGCCUCGGUGCAUUGUGCUGGCGGUAGUCGAUCUCUUGGAAGAAGCUUGCUACGAACGUGUGUACCUGGAGGAACUGGCACAUUUCUGGCCUCAGCUCGAUCGAUUAGGCGAUCGCGCCAAGAUGGUAAUGAUGCGCUUCUACUCAAUUCCACGUGGUCUGAACCAUCCUGCUGCGCAAGUCGUGCUCGAAAUCGAGCAAUGGAUAUCCACCUAUAAUGAGCGUUACGUUCUACUGGUUGAAUCGGACACCCACGCUAACUUGACACAACACGUUCGGUCAGAAGAUGGCACGUACAGCCGGAGACAUUGCACGAACGGUACUACCAACGGUGCUAACGUGGCUGCUAACCUUCUACCGCACCUUUACGGGCAGCUGGCGCAAACAUAUCGAGGCUUUUCUCAGCUGCUCUGCCACGGCAAGGUGGACGAACUAAUGGCCAUUGUACGUAGCAAUCGUUGCCGCGACGAGCGCGACUGUUUGCAGCUUAAGAUGGCUAUAUGGGCCACAUGCCACACUUGCACAAGCAAGGAAGCGAUCGAGUUUGUUAAGGAAUGUCAUCCAUGGUUUUUUGGGAAGCUGGUACAGUUGGUACGAUCGUCAGAUGUGUACUCCAUACGGGCUACGACACUCGGUGGUCUGUGUCUCAUAGCCAGCACCAGCCAAGGAGCUGCAGUACUGCAAACCCUCGGCUGGGUCAGCGUGCGACACGACCGAAACACACACUGGCCGAUCAAGGAUCCGUAUAGUUCGUUUUCACCCGAGACGAGUUCGUUGUCGAGCAAGAACGCUGAAGAUUAUUACCAUCAUGUGCUAACCACAGAAGAGGAAGACGAAAAAUCGACCGAAACUAAGCACAAAGUGUUAGAGAACACUGAGACUUCGUCUUCUUCACCGCAGCACUUUCGUGCUAUGGAUGACACUCGAUGUCGGUUGUCGUUUAUAUCCGGAUCACCCAUGUCAACCUCAUCAAAUGCAACUGACGCUCGGUCAGGGCCGAUUGGCAGAGGUAUGGACAAGGAAAUGGCAUCUUUUACUCAGGUGGACUCGCACAGCUACAGGAAGCAUCGGUAUAUGAGUGCAAGAUUUCCCUCUUAUUUUGGCAAACCUGUUCAAAGUUUUGCAUCGAUAGACGAAGACCUAGACUUGCGCUGGAAGAUUCGCAGCCUCGACCGCAAAUAUCGCAAUGAGUCAUUCAUGACCAAAGAUGAUAGUGCAAUAUCAAUGCCCACACCUAUAAGUACCUUGCUAACGUCGACGAGCAUAAGCGGCCCUUGCUACAUGGGUAUAUGUUUCCCGUCAAACAUUUUGCUACUGUUUCCCGAGAAUGAAACUCGUCAGACGCACGUUUUUCAUACAGCUUCCGAACGUCCUCAAACCCAUCCUAUGAAGGAGAAACGAAAACCAGUAACGGACACGGAAACAAGAAAGUCCGAAUGCCAAAGUAUUUCCAGCAUAGACCCGCAAUCUGUAGAGAAAAAUGAUGUUGAUUACGAGCAGCUAGUAAAAAUAGGAGCUGUGCCAAGCGCGUCACCGUUAACGAAUACUUCUGCUCAACAUGACAACAACAAGCGAUGGUCUCACGAAAACCACAGUAAAGCUCAAUGUCUUCGGUGUUGUUGGAAGGCAUUGGGUGAACAAUUCAUGUUCGCAAAACAGGCAACAAAUAGCGCGCAGUUAAGCACAGAUGAUGCAGCUGGAACUUGGGAUGCAAUGUGCGGAGAGAAGGUAGCCGACGAAAAUAUUGCCAACAGUAUUUUACGCCACGUGCAACGAAUGGCAAAUCCAGUGUGGAAUAAACAGUCCCGUAGCGUUCUUCUCGAUGCAAAGCAGUCACACCCGGAUGCGUUCCAGGACGUUUGUCUCUACUCAGAAGUGUGUCACAUGCUCAGUUCAAACACGUUUCGGUUGGUGUCCCGCCGUUUCUUGCAGGAGCUGUUUCUUGAUCUACAUUCUGGGGUGCUCUACGAUGCAAUGAGUAGUCAUGAACCAGAAGUAAACAAGCCUGCCGAUUUCUCGGUAAGACCAGACUCGAAAGAUACUUCUGGGCCAACCGGUUCAGUAACGCAUACCGUUGAAUUAGUGGCAGGCAAAACACAUGCACUCAACUACAGUGCGAUGCUAAGAAAUCCAGCACCACUUUUAUCGCCCGGGGCACCGUGUAAAAUGGUUCCUGCCGGUGGUGUAGCCGGAUUUUUGUUAAAAUCUCCUCCGCUUGCCAGCGUUUAUGAAGCAAGUCUGGAAAAUUUGGAUGAACUGUCAUCCACACCGCAGAGUAACAAAGCUAAGGUCGCCUAUGUGUCGGGCGAAGCUACUAGUACUACCGAUAGCACUGUCGCCGGUAUGCCUUUCAAUAAAAUCGAUUCAUCAACUGUUCACACCAGCACGACAAAGGAUGAACCACAUAUGCAGGAUCAAGAUUCAAAGUAUCCAGCUUUCGUUAAGCAGAGUGGUCAUCAGAGCAAAUUUCGUACAAGGCCACGGUUCAAUACACUUGAGUUAGAUCUGAGUUGCGUGAGAAAUAAAUUUCCCAUACGCGAUCGCAGCAAGAUUGACUACUCGCCCACUAGGCCACCGGUGCUGUCUGGCGUAAUGUCGUCCGGCAGCUCGUCUUCUUUUGUCAGCACCACUAGCAGUGCCAGUGCUGUAACUAGUCCGACACAAACUAUGCCGAUACCGUCUUUCGCCCCGUUAGGUAGCUUGUUCUGCGAACAGCGACAGCAACUUAAAUCAUCCAAGUCGGAAAAUACUUUAAUGAACACUUAGCUAAUGUGUUACACGUUUAGUAAUAGCUGGAGUCUUCGUCAUGUCGUGGUCGCAUUCAACGGCACUAACGUAACUAACGCUUGCUGGGCAAUGACUGAAGUUAACGUAAGAAGUAAUUGAAAUCAACCCCUCCUGGCAUAAUAUUGUAAUGAGUCCUUUCUUGAUUAAGUAUGAAAGGCAGGUCUCUUCACUUUAAAUCGUAUUACGUCUUACGUCUGAAUUGCAAAUGGUUUUCAUGCAUACUAAAGUAUUGGAAUUGGAUGUUAUGUCUCUGCAUAAGUCAAAAAACACCAACGUAGUAUAAUAUGAACAGGUUUUGUUUUAUAGAGUUGCGUUCCAUUGUAAAGUGGGGCCGUCGCGCUUUCAAUAUUACUGACGUUACGUGCACAGUGUGUGAUGCUUUAUUUCUAGCUCACAACUAUUAUGACCUAAUCGAGUCACUCAAUACUUGGGUUUUAUGAAAAUAUUUCGAAAAGAAGCCACCUUGCUUAACUAGCGCAUACGCUAGAACUAUUUAUUGUACACUUGUUUAGUAGUUCUAUUUUAAUGUUAAGUGCCAACGGGAUCCAUUUACUCGUCAGCAAUAAACGAAUUAUAUUCUGUAAGCUCACUAAACUAUCCGUACGGUAACAAGUCGCACCCUUCGAUGAUGUUAAACUUGCUGAAACCAUGUAGGUCCCUGCGUCAAACUUAUGUUAAACGGCUACACAAGGGAAAACAUGGAAACAAUAUUGGGCUGUUGGCUAUGUGCGCCAGAUUUGGUAUAGUUAGGAGAAGCAGGGAAUCACAUACUUUUGCCCGAAAGUGUAGGUUUAGGGACUUAAGAAUCACGGAAGCGAACAAAAAAAAAUUAUGAUAGUGGGAUCCUCUAACCGAGUAAGGAAAGUUUUUAAGAAGGACUGAUUGAAUGCUACCUAAUGUGGCAGUCUUAGAGCUGCACGCUAGGCGCAUAUGAUGCAGUUUGAAAAUUGUACAUAAGAUAAACAGUGGCGGCCGUGCAAUUGUUUUGUUUUGAAUCUCGUGAACGAAGGAAUGUGCUCGAUGCUGCUUGGUUUUUCGGAAGUAACUGUGGUGCGUUCAUGGAACGUUUUUCGUGGAAAAUGUUUCAUAAAGUCAUGUAAUACAAGUUAUUGAAAAUGU